AUGAUUAAAAAAACUAAAAUCAUAUAUUUACUUGGUAUAUUAUUAUAUAUUGGAGGUAUAGUAUCUAUAUAUUAUUAUCCAAAGAAUGCACAUAAUACCUAUAUGUCAGAGAAUGCAUUGAUGCCAGGUACAGCAAGGGUCACAUUCGAUUAUAGUGAUGGCUCAAAAGUUCAUCAAUUUUCAAAUGGAUUUCAAAAUCAUCUAGCAAGAUAUAAUAAACUUCAUCAAAGUUUACAUGGUAAAAAAGUAAAGAUUGAUCCAUACGAAAGAUCAAAAUCAUGUUCUCAAUGGUUAAUUGAACAAUUAAAAGAUAUUGGUAUUGAAUCAUAUAUUCAUAGAUAUAAUAUACCAUUAUCAUCAUCAACAACAGCAACAAAUAAUACUUUCAAUAAUAGUAAUCAAAUUAAACGACAAGGAUAUAAUGUUUAUUCAGUAUUAAGAGCACCAAAAUCCGAUGGAAGAGAAUCAAUUGUAUUAUCAACUUCAUUUAAUUCAUCAGAUGAAUCAUCAUCAUCAACAGCUACAACAUCAUCAUCAUCAUCAUCAUCAUCAAGUACUGAAUCAUCAGUUGGUGUUGCUUUAACCAUUAUGCAAUAUUUACAUAAGAAAGGUAAUAUUUGGUUAGCAAAAGAUUUAAUAUUAGUAAUUUCUGAUACAUUUUUAGAACAAUCUUCAAGUGAUAAUAAUAUUGGUUUAAAGAGUUGGUUACAUGAUUAUCAUGAUUCAACUAUGAUUUCUAAAGAUAUUAAUAAUAAUAAUAAUAAUAACAAUGAUAAUAAUAAUGAUUUUAUAAAUAAUAAUUAUUUCCCAAGAGCAGGUGCAAUUCAAGCAGCAAUUAAUAUUGAAGUAUCAAAUAAAAAAUAUCAAAGUGAUCAUGUUUAUGUAUUGGCAGAAGGAUCGAAUGGUCAAUUACCAAAUCUUGAUUUAAUUAAUACUGUUGGUAGAUUAGCAAAGAGGGAAGGUUAUUCAAAGAGUAUGUUAUUAUCACCAUCCUCUAUGAAUAAAAAUGAUGAAUUACUUUUCAUACCAGCUGAACAUAGAACAUUGGCACGUUUCAUGUUAAAUCAAGCAAUUGGUAUACCAACUGGUGAUCAUGGUCUAUUCAAUAAAUAUCAUAUUGAUGCCAUCACAUUGGGUGUAUCAGGUGUUAGUUCAACUAUGGGUGCAAGAGUAUUAAUUGGUACGAUUAGAUCAUUAAAUAAUCUUUUGGAGAAAUUACAUCAAUCCUUUUAUUACUAUCUAUUACCAUCACCAUUUCAUUAUAUUUCAAUUGGUGAAUAUAUGAUUUCAAUCGGAUUAAUCAUAUCACCUCUUGCAUUUGGUGUAAUUUAUUUAUUAAUUUCACUUUCAAAUAUUUUCACUUCUCCAACUAUUUUCACACCAAAAUCAACUAAAACUACUACAACUUCAACCACCACCACAACUGAAACAACAGCAGCUUUGAAAAAGAAAAAGAAUUUAUUUGAAGAAUUAGGUACAUUUGAAUGUUUAGAUACACCAAAAGAUAUUGUUUACUCUAUAACUAUUGUAGCUUUAUUUCAAUUAAUUGGUAUUUCAUUAUUUUCAUUACCUCAAACUUUUACAAAUGCAACUUCAAUAAUUUUAAAUUAUUUAUCAAAUUUUGAAAUUAUUGGAUUAUUUGUUUUACCAAUUUUAGAUAAAAUGUUUUAUCCAAAGAAUGAACCAAUUAAAACUUUUAAAGAAUCAAAAUCAGCAACAGCAGCAGCAGAUGAUAAUAAUAAUAAUAAUAAUAAUAACGAUUAUUCUCAAAUUAUUACAAAUAGUAAUAGAAAUCAUUUAAAGAGUGGUUCAAAUAGUUUUUUUGUUUUUAGUAAUUUACCAAUUUUAAUUUUCAUUACAACAAUGUCAUUAUUAAAUUUUUCAUUUUGUACUUUUGCUUCAAUUUUAUCAAUACCACUUUGUUUUAUUUCUCAAAUUACAAAUAAUAUUAAUAAUAAUAAUAAUAAUUUAGAUGAUAAUAAUAAUAUAAAUAAUAAUUUAAAUAAUAUUAAUAUUAAUAAUAUAAUUAGAAAAUUAAUUUUAACAAUUAAGAAAUUAAUAGUUUAUUCUUUGUUAUUAUUAUUUUCACCACCAGUUAUUUUAUAUUUAUUCAGUCAUUACAUUUUAAAUGAUCAAAAUGUUUUCAUAUUUUUAUUAACAAUUAUUAAACAAUAUGACCAAUACUCAACACUCUUAUUCCCAUUUUUAUCAUUAAUUUAUAUUCCUUUAAAUUUAUCAAUUUUAAAAUCAAUUAAAUAA